GCGCUCCAAUCCUCCUGAGUAGUUGAUUCCACAGUAUGCAGUUCCACUUAGGCUGCUCUUAAAGUAAUUCUGUGGAUUAUUCUUUUCCCGGUGGUUUCCAGGACCGCCAAUUCGAUGUCCCUGGCAGUCAUCAGAACUAAUUCGUUUCGAUAAAAAAUAGCUCUGGAAUGAUUUGCGUGCAUUCAUAGGCUACUUUCUUCACAUCAGCAGGCUAACGUACACGUAGCCACAGCGAUGGAAACUCUGAGCUACACAGAGAUGAAAAUGAAAGAUCCCUCUCUCCCAGUUUCCGCCCUGUACCUGUUGGUUCCCCCGCUUCGACUCGUCUCCGCAGCCAUGUUGCAGGUGGUGCUGCAGCAAGACGUGCUGCAUUAUGGGAAACUGGAGGAGUUUGUGUCCGUGGUGACCAAGGCGGUCCCGGAGCUGCUGAGUGACAGCCAGUGGACCCAGCUCACUCUGGGGCUGCAGGAAAGGGAGGGAUCUCCGGUGGGGUUUGGCUCCAAAACUGACGCAGCUCUGCAAGCUGUGUUUUGGGAGUUGCUCUCCAGACUGGAGCAACUGCUGCCGGUACCAGACCUCAGACAGACUGUGUCCUGGCUCAGUGCUGCCCCUUCUGUCCUGGAGGACUGUAUGCAGUCCAUUUCAAACUCACAGCAGUUGAAGACCGUUCUCAGGCACCACAAAAGCCUUGGAUGCUUGAACAGAACUGCACUUUCCUCCAUGGAUGAGUGUCCUCCAGUGUCCUCUAUGUCCUGUCCUCAUUUUGAAAGAGAUUCCACCAAGCCGACUGACACCAGCAGGCAAUCAGAUUACAUGUCUGACUUCAGAACAUUUUUGAGCGCCACCACUUCAGAGAUAAAGGCAGAAUCUCUGGCGGACAGCGCAUAUUGCACAGGGCUGGAGCCAAGAUCAAGUUUGAACAGAUGUGAAGCCAUGGAGAAGAGUGUGGAGAAGACUGGAUGUUUGAUGAUCCAGGAAGAGAACAUACUAAUCAACAUGAAGCUGGAGGAUGAGGACGAUGGGGAGAGACAGAGUGUGAAAAUGGAGAGGGUGGAUGGUGCAAGAGAUGAAGUGAGACUCAGGAUGGAGGAAGAAGCAAAGAGGGAUGAACAGGAGGAGGAGGACGUAACCCGGCAAGGCGUUCGGAAGAAGAAUGAAGGAAAAUCAGAAGGGAACCCUAGGGAAGUGGAUCUUCGCCAGCGCCCUGAGAAGGUUCACCCAGAGGAGUACAGCAGGGCUCUGAGUUCUGGAGGAAACGAAGCACAGAAGCCACUGCCAAAUGCUCACAAGCACCCCGAACCCCCCAAAACACUCCCCACCCCAACAACGUCCCACACAGGCACUCAAGGGGCCCACGUGUGCUCCCAGUGUGGGAAAGGUUUCACUACGCCACACAACCUGACACGACACAAGCGAAUUCAUGAAGGGGAACGCCCUUACUGCUGCUCCCAGUGUGGGAAGAGUUUUUGUGAGUUGGCCGGCUUGAAAAUACACCAGCGAACUCACACCGGCGAGCGCCCGUACAAAUGCUCCCAGUGUGAGAAGAGUUUCAGUCAGUUGUCCGGCUUCAAUAUACACCAGCGAACUCACACAGGUGAGCGCCCGUACAAAUGCUCCGACUGUGGGAGGAGUUUCAGUGGGUUAUCCAGCUUGAAAGUACACCAGCAAACUCACACAGGGGAACGGCGUUACCGCUGCUCCCAGUGUGGAAAGACUUUCGUUCAGUUGGGUAACCUGACCAUACACCAGCGAACUCACACAGGCGAGCGCCCGCACAAAUGCCCUGAUUGUGGGAAGAGUUUCACUGUGUUAUCGAGCUUGAAAGUGCACCAGCGAACUCACACGGGGGAACGGCGUUACCGCUGCUCCCAGUGUGGGAAGAGGUUCACGCAGUUGGGUAGCCUGAAAACGCACCAGCGUACGCAUACUGGCGAGCGUCCGUACAAGUGCUCCCAGUGUGAGAAGAGUUUCAGUCGACUGAAUGGCUUGAAAGUACACCAACGAAUUCAUACUGGCGAGCGCCCGUACAAAUGCUCUCAGUGUGGGAAGACUUUCGUUCAGCUGAGUAACCUGAACAUACACCAGCGAACUCACACAGGUGAGCGCCCCUACAAAUGCUCCCAGUGCGGGAAGAGUUUCAUUCAGUCGUCUGCUCUGACUACACACCAGCAGAGUCAUACGGGGUUACCUGCGUACACUUGCUCCCAGUGUGGGAAGAGUUUCACUCGGUUAUAUAAUCUGAAGAUACACCAGCUCACGCACACGGGGGUACGCCCCGACCCCUGCUCCCAGUGCGGGAAGAGUUCCUCUCGAUGGCACAAACUGAAGAUGCACCAGCAUUCUCACACGGAGCUGCAACAAACCUACACUUACCUAUGUCAUCGGCCCCUGCAUGAACCAUGACUACUGGAUCCCUCCCUGCUCUGGCCAGGAGCUUGUCGGCACGCUCCGGGAGAUCUCCCACCUCGGCACCAGGUGGGCAACACGUCCUGAGGGAGUCCCUGUCACGCACACGGACUAAGCUGUCUAUGCGAGUCCUCCACUAUCACCAGCUUCCUUUUCCUGAAGCAUGUGACUCAUCGGCCCUCCCAAACUCGGGCUCAAGGGCCAGAUUACUGCGAGGGCCUGGAAUCAUUUGGACGCCACAACCUCUGGAGAUGCCGCCCCUGUGUGGUAUACGAACCCUUUUCUGCGCUUGUCCCCUGCUGCCCACCCAACUCUCUCUCUCCUUCUCUCCCUGCCUGCUCUGGAGUCUUCCCCCCUUCCCAGCUGUGGCCAGCACACCGGUUCUUUAACCACUUAACUGUGGUUGGCCCUGUAACCAAGUGCUGACUUGAGUCAAAGGAAUCUCUAAUUGAGUAGCUUACGAGAUCCAGGCAAGAGAAGAUGCACCAUAGCUGCUCUCAAUGAUCAAUUAACUGCAAGUCUACCAAGACACUGAUCAGCAACUGAUCCACAUCACCCUAUAACCUUAUAAGUGCGGAGUUGAAGGAAUCUCUGAUUGAGCAACUUACAAGAUCUAGAUGAAAUAAUUGAAUUGGGGAAAAAAAACAUGCACUUAAGGACACAAGCAAACACCAUAGUGUUACAGUAUAUUCUAAAUGCCAGUAAAGUACUGCCAAUGCAUCUAUCCUCCACGAGAGGGCAGUAGAAUGCAAGAAAUAAAUUCUCAAAACCAUGAAACCAUUUAUGCAAUCUAAUCUACAUUUGGGGGAAAGAUGUAUGAUUCUGUAAGACUCGGUAACUUGGUGAACAUAAGCCCAGUCUUCAGGUCAGAACCAGCAAUGGAUUUGGCAGUGGAGAUGGGGUGAAGUCACUGCAUUCUCUUAACAGGAAACAAAGUUAAAGGUGAAAAAUGUUCGCUUGCGGCGGUACAGUAGUUGGACUCGAUCACCCAUUACAUUACAGGCAUUUAGCAGACGCUCUUAUCCAGAGCAACUGACACAGCUUUUACGCAGCAUUUACACUGCAUCCAUUUAUACAGCUGGAUAUGUACUGAAGCAAUUAUCUUGCUGAAGGGGUACAACAGCGGUGUCCCACGUCCCACCAGGGAAUCAAACUGGUGACCUUUCGGAUACAUCACCUGCUCCUUACUCAUUAUGCUACACUGCCACCCCAUUGUAGACGUUCUCGUGCCGGCAGCGAAAGUUUAAUUUGCAACACAGCUGGCAAGACUCCUCGAGAUCUUGGUCAUGCCAGAUCUAUGGUUCCAACAGCCUCUUUGGCGUUGCUUAACCAGUAAUUACUGAGCUGCUAUAAGAUGUGUGUGGCACAUAUUACGUGCUGAAGUGUUUAGAUCGGAGGUCUUGGCUUCUCAUUUUGAAUAUCGGGACGCCCAAGUGUUUGUCAAAAAACGCUGUACUGAAUUCAACAAACUUGCCAACUUGCAAACAGUAUGGUGAUGAUUAUGAAUUCAUGGCAUAUUAUAGAGGAAUGUCAGCAUUUUUGUCAAAAUUUAAAUAGAUACAUUAAUGAAUAAAUAACGGGACGGAUUGGAUGGAUCAGUCCCUAAAGACAAAGUCGGGGUCGCUGUGACCUUCUGAUUGUGGUUCAGUCUAGCAUGGCAGUCUUGGGAGCACGGGCAUAAAUUUUAAAAUGGGAUUGAGACAAUGGGACAGAGUGCACGAGAAGCAAGUUUGGCCCAGAGAGGUCCUCAACUUCUGUGAGCAUUUCAAAGAGAACCUAACGUGCCUGUCUAGAGGCGAGAGGGUGGGGCUCUUGAGAUUUAGCCAUUUGGUUGAUGGGUUACAUUACGCUACAUGACAGGCAUUUAGCAGACGCUCUUAUCCAGAGCGACUUGGUGCAGCUUCUCCCUGAUUUUGGGGAGUUUGCCCAAAUCAGGCUCGAGUUGCGACGUUCACCGCGGCCGCCGCCGUAGAGUCUGGGCUUUCAACGCGUACUCGCCUGUGCGCUCCUCCGCAACGUGUCAUGUGGUCUCUGUCAUGUGAUCUGCGGCUUCCUAUCACAUCACACCGCAGUUCCCUAGUCGGGCCUCACAAACACGUGAGCGGGAGCAGUUUAUGCGCAGCUCGAAUCUACACAAUUUGUGUGUAUUGCCUUUUAUUUAUUUAUUUAUUUAUUUAUUUUUGCACAUAUUAACCAAACCUGGGUCAAAUGCGUAUUUGUUUUGGAUUAAAAUACUUUUC